AUGGAUUCGAGCGUUCUGGACGCCAUGUAUUUUGGUAUCCCGGUCCUGGCUGCGAAGUCGGAGCUCUUGGAGGACGGGGUGGAUGGCUACACCUACGAUGCCUCCGAGCUGAGUCGGGACAGUCGGGGUGACCAGAUCCGAUCGAUGCUGGUGAAGAUCCUGCAGUCUUCGCAGACGCGGCUGUCUAUCGGCAUGGCGGGCCUGCAGACGGCCCUGACGCGUUUCGCGGGCCGCGCGGCGGUGGUCCGGGUGAAACAUCUCAUCAACAGGGUGAAGUUCCAGGGAGAGUCAGGCAGAGAGGGCGGGCCGGGCGGGGGCUUUCGGGUGGGUCUUUUCAUCCAGCUGCACGACCCGUUGCAAUGGCGCACCAUCCAGCACUGCGUGGCAAAUGUAUUGAGUGCACAAGCAAAGCCGCGCACGGUGGACGUAUUCCUCGCAACAACUCAGCCAGUCUCAACGCUGGACGCAGUGGUUGGUAAUUUGACAUCGCCAGUUUUGCAGCAUGUCAUCGCUGCACAAGUUGCGAACAAGGGGGCUGAUAUGGGUAUUUUCAUGCAGCAGUUGCAACUGAAUCGGGAGCUAGCGCUGGACUUUGACAUCUUGCUGAAGCUGCACUCCAAGAAAAGAGAUGACUGGAGACAGCUAAUGGUGGGCUCCCUGUGUGGGACAGUGAGAGUGGUGAAACGUGCUCUGAAGGCCUUCCAGAAAGACCAGAACCUGGGCUUGCUGGGCCCCCACAACUUGACCUGGCAAUACGGCCAGGCCAACCUCGAGGAGUUUGUGGCCUUUGAUCUGGCGCCUUUUGGCUUUGACUCGGAUGCGGAGCGGGAGAUCGAGAUCACUUGGAGCGUGCUGCAGUCUAAGCUGGGGCAGGAACGCCUGGAAAAGAAGUCCUGGCGUAUUGUGGCGGGCUCCUUCUACUGGAUGCGCAAUGGACUCUCCGCCUGGGAGGACAAGAUCUUGCCCAUGGCGCCCAAACUUCUGAGCCUCAUGGGCGAGUACUACAACGGGUGUCAUGACCCCUCCUGCGCGCUGGCCUUGGGCUUGGAACGGAUUGUGCCAACCAUGAUAGCUUUGACCAGCCGUGUUUCAUCACAGUGA